AUGGCAGGAAUCGAGGAGCUUUCACCAGCUGCGGGCCCGGUGGCAACCCGGCCCCCUGAGGAUGAAAUUGACGACGACGAAGACGAUGAUGACCUCGAUGAGACUCUGGUGGAGCGGUUGUGGGGCCUGACAGAGAUGUUUCCCGACACAGUUCGCACGGCCGCCGAGUUCUCCGCACAGUGUUCGGUCUCGCUGGCUAAAAAGUUUUACAGUUUUUCUCGCUCGGCCCUCUGGGUGGGAACGACCUCCUUCAUGAUCCUGGUGUUGCCUGUUGUGUUUGAGACGGAGCGGCUACAGCUGGAGCAGCAGCAGUUACAGCAGCAGCGACAGAUCCUGUUGGGGCCGAACACUGGAAUGUCUGGUGGGGUGCCGGGCAUGAUGCCGUCAGCCCCCGGAAAGAUGUGA